AUGUGCAAAGGCCGCGCCGCGGCGGUGGACAUCGGUUUUCGAAAAGGGAUCGCUCUAGUAAAACGGUCGGGACAAGAGGAAAAAGUGGAAGAGGAGGAGGAAGAGUAUGAAGAAUAUAUAUGUAUGCAUAGGGAAACGUGGAUGAGGAGGAGAAGUGGAGAUGUGGAGACCGAGGAAAUGGUGGUCAGUGACGCGGCGGCGAGGUGGCUCCCAUAAAUCAGAAUACUCGUUUUCCUACCCUUUAAUUUGCCCGAUGCGUAUACGCGUACACCCAGUGGCAAUUAAUUAAUGCGGUUAUCGGCGGUCGAGUGCGAACGAACAGCAGCAGCGGUUCCUCGCGCAAAACACGCGUAUUUCUCGUGAGGGAUUUGUUAUUUCAAUAAUAUAUAACGUUUCCCCCCCCCUCGUCCCCCUCCCAAAACCCCGAUUUUUUUUUACUCGUUCAUUCGUCUGUUCAAAAAACGAACCUUGGAAAAAUCGACACAUGCGCGCGCGACUUACCCGCGAUCAAAUAAAAACACUAGACCUUCUAUACCCAGCGAUAAUAAUAAUAAUACACUCUCGCUGUAACUUUUAUUGCAUUAUUUGCAUUACCUGCGUGCAUAUUAUAUUGCACACUAUCCAUGCAGUUAUAUAUAGAUACGUCGUUUCUGCGUUAUUUUUGUAUCUCCAGUCCCAGGGGAAAAGAAGUCCGUAUGCUUUUUUUCGAAAAAACAAAAAGUGCAUCGUAUCGACUAUUAUGGUAUUUUAAUUUUCGGUAUACAAUAUUGUGUUAGAAUUUGAUAUACAUAACACAUACGCGUAUGCGAUUGAUAGAUCGACAAAUUACACAAAACACGAGUAUAAAAAUCAAAAGAAAAAUCUGAAAAUCAACUUGCCUUUGCCUUUCUUUCCCGGGACCAAAUAUGCAAUACUAUUUUAAUCUUGAUUGAUAAUAUUUUUUUUUACACGGAUUUCGUUUCGAUACGUCCUACGGACUGUUAUAUCCCUCACGCGAAUAAAACAGUCAAUAUAAAUCGAUAUGUUAACACGAGUAAUGUGAAAUCGGUUGUCGCAUUAAGCGUACGCACGUAAGGGCCGUUAAUACGGGGUGUGCCAAACCGAAAGCGUUUUCAUAACGGACGUCACGUGUUGAUUGAACGUAAGGAAAUCGUGUCCAGGCCUCGACAAGGGCAGACAGAUGAUGUAUAAAACGACCGGGCCAGACGAAGAGGGAAUUCGGUUAGUUCAGGAUAGUGGAGUGUAUUCACGAGACACCACUGGCGCGCGAGAGGGAGGAAUUGACAUAUCCUCGACUACGCCAACCUGUUUAGUCAUGUCGUAGUUAUUAUUAUAACUAGUACUGCUCACUAAGUCUUGACAUGAGUUUGGUGACACAUCUUUUCUUAUGAAUUAUUUUAAUGUCGAAUUGUUACCCAUAUAAUUAGAGCGAAAAAUUAAUAAUAACUACAUUUUAGAAAUUAAAAUUGUGUACAAUUCCCAUUCAAAGGUCGUCUCAAAAGAGCACGCAAGAGAUAAAAUAUUAACAAUAUUAUGAACAAAGCCAUAUGUUUUCCUAUGAUAAUUUACAAACUUUCAACUUCACGACAAAGUAUAUAGUUAUAACUUGAUAAAGCGUUAUGCGAUUUUAAUCGAUGGCAGUAUAUUAAAAGUAUAGGUAAAGUUUUAAAAAUAAAAAAAAAAAUUGAAUUCAGAGAUCAGAUUCAGAAUCAGGAUUCAGAAAUCCAGAGAUUUCUGAAAAUUUCAUUUAUUAUUGGAAAAAUAUACGGUCUAUAAUCUUUAAUGUUUGAACAAAUGAAUAGAGGAGAUUAUACUUAAAUAAUGAACUAUAAAAUUCAAUUUCAAAAACUCGAUUAUAAAGUAAAAAAGAUCACUGUUGUCAAGGUUUAGGUCAUUAGUUAAAUAGAGUAAAAACCUUUAGGAAGACCAAGGUUAAGGUAAAAAUGAUCGUGUUAGGGAAAUAAAGGUAAUGGAGCCGGAUUCUCGAUGGAAAGAAGCUGCAGAGAACAGGAAUAUUUGCAAGUAGAUGAAAUAUAAUACAAUUCUGAAAUUCGACGUUACUAAUCUGUACUUUUUUAAUGUACUACUAUAAUUUGUUCAACGUUUAUUAUAUUGUUCAAUUAAAACUCGACAAAUUUGAGAUAAUUAAUUAUAAGUGCUUCACCAAAGUAUAAAACUGUUCGAACGUUCUGCUAAACAAAAUAGCGUAUCAAUUGAACGUAAAUUAUUCAAAGCCAGGCAAAUUAGCUAAUUUUUUUACUAGUUUAAGUUAAGUUGUCCUGAAAAAAAAAUUAAUAACUAAACUAAAUUAAAAUUAAUUUUGAAAUAUAAAUUAAUUUAAGUUUCACAUUUGUAGGAGAAUAAUAACUUAAAAGUUACUUUGUUUUUUAAUAACCUACUACGUAUUUUGUACACUGUACUUUUCGAACAGAAAAUGACUAGCCAAUCAAGACUCGUGUUGGUAUUUGAUAAUAUUCACGUUUAAAGUAAAAAUACGUAAUUUUUGUCAAAAAACGUGGAUACACAGGUUUUAUACAAAAUAUCCGUAAAUAACUUUUUAGACAUAAUUUAAAUUUUAACGAAUUAACCAAAAGUCAAAUUUAAAGUAUCCGUUAAUAGAAAUAAUCAAGUCGUUUUCUAACAUUCUAAUUUUUUUUCUUUCAACUAGUUAAGUUUAAAGUUAUCAAAAAAAAAAAAAAGUAACUUAUAAUUAAUAACGUUUAACUUAUACACCAGUUACUGCCCAGUUUUGAAAUUAUUGUUCACGCCUAUUUUAAGAUAGCAAAAACAUUAUUAUAAUACUUCAACAUCACGAUAUUAUAUUAUUGCGAUAAUAAUUAAUGUGGCGGCACGUUUACAUUAUGAUAUUUUGUCAAUUUAAAUAUUGGGUAUCAUAAAUUAAUGUUUAUUCAUCUCAAACAUACAUUGUAAAAAUUAUCGUACAAUUAUUAUUAAUGGAACUACAACUGAUAUACCUAUAUUAUAUUAUACGUCGAUCGAAUUUUUCAUUUUUUCAUUUCCCCACCCCCUCCCCAAAGAUAUAUUUUAUAUUUAUUCAAAAUAAUAUAUUAUAUUAUUCCGUUAUUUUAAUUGUAAACAAACUCGUAAAUUAACGUAGAUAGGUAUAUAAAGCAUUAAAAUAAUAAUAAUAAUAAUAAUACAAAUGACCUUUUAUUAUCAAAACAUGUCAACGAGUCUUUCCGGAAUAAAAAAUGGUAGUAUUCAUUUACUGCAACGCGCUCGGUAGGUAUCUACGUUAUUUUAAUUUAUAAUUUCUCGCAGCGUGACAAUUAAAUUCGAAUUAAUAAUGAUAUAUUAUUACUGAAAUAUAGGUCGGUGCGGCGGAGGAGAAGUUUAUACCGAUAUUGUUUAAGGGUUCGUGUAUACGGGCGGUUUCAACGAAAUUUCUCAAAACAAUUUUCGACCUAACCGAAUUUAUUGACACGAAAAUUUCGGUAUAAAUUUGAAAACAGUCCCGGGUUCUAGUACUAUAAAGGCAUAUACACAUAUAUUAUAUAGGAUUUAUUGCGUUUUAUCGUGACAUUUGUUCCGAAACAUGUUCGCGUAAAAUUGAGAAAAAAAAAGUAUCCUUGAACGUGGAUUUUAGAACUUUUACACGAAAGCGAAAGUCCACAACAUUAUUAUCAAGAACACGUUGGCAUAUUGCUUUUCAAUUCACUCGUGGAUGAGACGCACGCGGUAAAUACUCAAGAUUAAAAAGUGGCCUUUUUUCCCCAUUUAUUAAAAAUAAUAAUAAUAAUCAUAUUUAACUAAACGGAUAUGUGAUGUUCUUUAAUUGUGAACGUCACCUGGGUUCACGCUAUAAAUCAUACGCGGUCAUUCCGAAAUAAACGGUUUUCGACACGCGAGAUUUUUAUAAUACUGUCGUGUUCAAAAACGCUCGCGCCGACAUUCGGUGUAUUAUUAUUAUAAGAAGGAAGACGACUGCCGGAGAAUAACAAGAAAAUAAUAAUAAUUUAAUAUCUGAUAAAACGAUAGAGCGAGAAAGCGAUUGCAAAAAUACUUAUUUACAAUAUCGGUAUUGUUAUUUUUUUUUUUCAAUUUUCAAUUUUCCUGCUCGCAGAGUACUACUGCAGUAUACGUCUUAACCGAAACGUGAUUUAAUAAUAAAUAUACUGUUAUACGGUAUAAUACAAAACUGACCAUUGUCACUGGACAAUAAUCUCGAUAUAUAUAUAUAUAUAUAUGUAUACAGUAUACACAUAUGCUAUAAUACUUCCACAGUUCUAUAAUAAUAUUGUGUUUUAUAUAUUAUGUUUCAGUGAACGGUUACGAGCCGGAUUUCAUGUACCCACUGGAAAACGUGACUAUUGCCCAAGGCCGCGAUGCGAUAUUCACGUGCGUGGUGAACAAUAUCGGUGGUAACAGGGUGAGUGCUCCCGAAGGCGUACUCCAACCAGCCAGGGUCGGUAUCAGUAACUAUAUUAUAAGUUGAUGAUAGAAAAAAAAAUGAAAUUAUUCUUCGCAUCAAGGCUUCGUCUAUCUGCACCACCACCAGCGCUGCACAAUUUCCUCACCUCUUUCACUAACACUAUACACUAUACACUACUAUACUAUAUUAUAAUACUCACACCGACUAUAUAUUAUUACCGUAUUAUUAUUAUUGUUAUUAUUAUUAACACUUGCACAACUACGUUGCAUUAAUCGGGCAGUUUUUGUGAGAAACAUACGAUAAGUAAGACGUUUUAAUAUGUUCCGAUUAUACAUCGAUACUGUAAGAAAUUUUAUGCGGCGGUUACUAUAAUUAUGCUAUCAUUUUCAAACAAUAUUAUUUACCGAAAACGCUCACUUCUCCCCAAAUUAUUAGAAAAAUAAAUAAAAACAGCCGAUAAAUCAAGUUUAUCGAUUUCGAAAAACUCUAAACUUAAAACUGCGCUAUGGACGUUUAAGUUCUAUAUUGUGUAAAUUUAAAACCUCAAAUCUUUAUGGGUUGAAAACCACUUUGAGUAUAAACAAAGGUAGGGGUACAAGGCAAAAGCCACGCCGGAAGAUCAUAUUUUGAAAUAUAAAAAUCAAUAGUUUUGGUCUAGUGUCGUCAAUUCGUACCCAUUGGAAAUUCUAAUUUUAAUAAUUUACACUUUUUUGAGGAUAUGUUUCUAUCACCCGGGGAGAAGUGAUAUUAUUUGUCCAUUAUUUGUCGUAAAAAAUCAAAAAUUUGAAUUUUUAGCAUGUUUCUCACAAAAUACGAGUCCGUUUAAUAGCUCUAUGCACGCAGAGCACUUGAAAGACAAUAAUUGUUUACUCGAUUUUACAACAUGAUUUUUAUUUAUUAUGAUCAAAUGAUUCUAUUGGAGAAUUAUUACAUCUGCCUACACUCCUUCCACCUUAAAUUAGUGUAUUAAUUUCAAAAUCUCCAUAUUCAAUCGCUGGAUCACGAAAAAAAAAAAUCACUGUAUAUAAUCAAUAAAUCUUCGUCUAUACUUAACUAAUUACUACAUUAUUAUGAAUACUAUAGUUGCUGACUAGUGACAAUAGUGCCCGGGGGGAAAGCUUAUAGAGUUCAAAAUAUAGUAAUAAUAUGUUAUAAUAACGUGUUUUUUUAGAACUGGUUUUCUCAACACUUUAGUGAUAUUCGUUUGUAUUGGUGAAACAUGAUGAUACUUUUUCUUCGGUUUUUAAAUAUAAUUUUCUUUUGAAUAUCAGUGAAAUCAAUUAUUAUGAUGCCUAAGAAGACAAUCUACUUGUCGUAUUUAAGGGGUUGCCUUAAAAGUAGAUUUCUCAAAUUUUUGGGAAAAUAAAUUGUACUAACGCAAAAAUUCACUAACAAAUACAUUACAAGUAGUCCCGUGACUUAUAGACUUGACUAAGAAAUCAAAUGCCCAACAUAAAACAAAAAUAUCUUGUGCUGUGCAGCAUAAAAAUUAAAACUAUUAGAUUUUUAAAUAAUAAUAACUCUUUUUGUAUUAAUAAAAUCGAAAAAAAUAAAACCUACAUUGCAAAGUGCAAGUUCUCCUUGUUCGUAUUUCUCAAUUAAAUCAGAUUAAUAAGCCGAAUAGUGUUUUCCUGCACAAAACAAUACUUACAGUUGCAUUGCGGGAUGUAAAUACUCUAAAUAUAGUUGAAAACGAUUCGUUUUUUUAUACAUUUAGAUCAAUAAGCAGAAGUAGCAUAAUAAUAAUAUUUAAUUCUAGUAGUACAAUGUCUGUUUUGAAAAAAAAUUGUGACUUCAUAUAGAUACUUCUUUUCUAUGUUUUGUAAGAAAUAUUUAAUGGUUUUUUUUUUAUGGUACUAUUAAAUACGAGUUUAACCCAUUAACCCAUGCUUUAACUAAAUUUACUUAGUAAAAAAAAAAACCAACAAAUAUGUUUUCGAUAAAACAUAUAUUUAUUAGUCUUUUGUUAUUUCCUACAAAAUAUAGACAAGAAAUCGAAUAAUUCGAAUGUGUUUACAAAAUUAAAAUUGAACGAACGGGAGUUUGUGAAUUUUACUCCAUCUUAUUGGUCUAAAACGUCAAAUCCGUCGAUAAAAACGAUCAUUCCCCUUCGCCUUAAAUGGAUAUCAAGCAGUCGAUAAGUGGAAAAGAUCUUAUCGUGUAUAGGUAUCAUUUAAAUAUAAAAAUAAUUUUCAAAUUUCGUAAAAUUUGAAAAUCUUUUUAAAUUCUCUUAAGAUUUUAAUUUUAAUAAAUUGUAAUAAUUUAUAUAAGUUAAAUAUUACUAACUAUUGGAUAAUAAUGCCGGUUAGGUAAUUAAUUUAUCAAGAAAAUAACAUCUAUAUUUUAUGGAUAAUUUUAAAUGAAUAAUUACUUUACUAAUAAGUAUAUCCUAAUAAUUAAUAUUGAUACAAAAUACUCAACUUAAAUAAAUUAAAAUGUUAAUUUCAAUAUAAGUUUAGUCUAAGUUUAUUAGAAAUUAAAAACAUAAUUAUAUAUUUCGAAGAAUUGCUUUAGAGUGAUUUAAUCAACGUUUUAUAUACCUAUAGAUAAUACUCGUAUUUAGUUAUCUAGUACAAUUAUACUCUAAAUACCUACGUAAACUAAUCGUCAGAAAUAAAAUUAAGUUCUUCAAUAUUUUCAUUGGAGUACCUAGUAAAUUAUUAAAUAUGACACAAUAAUGUCAAAAACAAAAUUAUCAUCAAUUUAAAAUUUUAAUGUAGUAUGAUAUUUUAAUAUAAUUAUCUUCCUUUCUUAUCUUUUUUACGUUAUUCUUAACGGACGACAGCAAGGUGUGGGAUGAGUUCCCUCAUUUAACCCCUUGAUAGAAUUAUCUAUAGAAUAAAUGGUAAUAAUUAUAGUAAAAAAUAAGAUAUUUAAAGAAAUAACGUUAAUAAAAUAAUAACCCUUAUUCUACACUAAUCUGCACAUCGUGAUGUACAUUUUAUUAGUACAAAAAUUACGCAAAUCGAAUUAUAUCCCGGACGUCUGUUAAUUUCAUUUCACUGUAAAUAUUCAAAUAUGCGAUAAUUAAAUAGUAAAAUAGUUAAAAUUAUGUUAUAAUGACAAUAAAAAUGUAAAAAAUGUUAUUAAAACGUAAUUCGUAAAACUACUUAUAAUAUAAAUAUCACGACCAAAUUAUUUUAUUUUUUUCAUAUUUAUUCAGUAGAACAAUAUUAUUAUAAUAAUAUAUUAUAGUCCAAAAGUACUCGUUUAUAUUCAUUCUUAUCCGUCUGUUGUAUGAUAUAUAUUUAUAAAUAUUUUACCAUUUUAACGUCUACUAAUAUUAUCUCAUAAAAAAAUGUAUGAAGUUAAUUUGUUCACGUUUCGUUUCAUAAAAUAUGUAUAAUAUUAUAAUGCUUGAAUUAUAAUUUGCUGAAACGAAAUUUAAAAAAAAUAAUUAUUACUUUGAUUUUUACAAUCGUAGAACGUUUGAUUUAUUAAUGUCCAUUACUGGAGAGAAAAAAAUAGUCUGGUCAGGUUAAAUAGUUAAAAACGCAUACCUAGCUAAAAUAAUUAUAUAAAGUUCAGGGCGACGACGGAUUGAUGUGAGCAUUAUUCGUGGUGGAUAAAUAUUUCUCCCGUUUUGCAAAAUUAGUAAUUUCCCACGAGAUGUCCCCGUAGAUUACGAAAACAACUUUUCAAUUCACCGGCUAGUUUGUGAUUAUUCAAAAACCGCAUUUCCGUGUGCACGGAUAUUAAUAUUUUCGAAAACGUUCUUUGCCCUGCAGAUGUAGAUUGAGAAUAGAUCGGCCAAUGAAGAUUUGAUAGUCAAGUGGUCCAAAUUUUUUUAGUCAAAAUGUAUUACUAUGGAAAAUAAAAGAAACUCUAAAAUAAAUAUUAGGUAUCAUAAAAUAUCGCUUUUUUUUUUAUUUUCAGUAUUUUAAGUAUUAGUUAUGAUAAUAAUAUUGGUAGGUACACGUUUAUUUUACAACUACAUUACAAAUAUAUAUCAAUUAAAAUUCACAAAUCUUUCGUAAAGAUUCAAAUACUUUGUACAUUUUAAGAUAAUGGAAAAAAAAUUCUAAUAAUAAUUCUAUUGUAUUAUAUACACUAUGUUAAUUCGGGAGCGCGUAAAAACCUGGUACUUAAGUACGAAUCUGAAAAAUAUAAAACGAGACAACAUAAAUCUAGAAUUAUUGGAAUUAUCUGGAAUCCAGAUUUGUAAAUAACAGGUUUAAUCAGUUCACAUUUCGAUAUCCGUUAAAUACUAAAUUUCAGAUAUUUACUUGCCAGAUUUAUGCUUUUCAGAUAUGUCAUUCCAGAUUUUUAUAAAUACCCAUUAAAUCACCUGAUCAUUUUUUUGAAUUAACAAAAUUCAAAUACGUUUUCUCUUAUGCCUUUUUAAGUAAAUUGUAUUUUUAUCAUAAGUCACACAGAUACACUAAAACGCAAACAAUGUCUACAUAACAUUUUUCAUGAGUUGUAUUUAUUAUCACGUUAUUCAAAUUUUCAAACGUAUAGUAAAGUUAAUUAUUUUUAACAUAUAUAGGUAUAAUAUUAUAUUUUUUGAGAAAGUAAUAAAUCCAAACUCUCACUAAUGUGGGUUUAUAAGCAAUGAAAUAUAUUUUAUUUCAAUUUCUUAAUGAUAAAAUCUGGUGAGUAAAAAUGUUUUAUUUGUUUUUAAUUAAGGUAUCGCUCGUUUAUUCUAUCGCACUCAACAAUAAUAUGUCGUUUAAUAUAUUAUAUCCAAGUAAAAUAAUUUAUUGUUAUAAGACCUGCAAAUAAAUAAAUUUAACAAAAAAAAAAAAAAUAAUAAUAAUAAUAAUAUUAACAAUAAGGCGUAGUAAACCAUAAACGAGAAAUUUAAAAAUAAAUAUCUCAGAUUUACAGGGAUGGCCGAGACAUUGCUUUUAGUAAUCUUCCUGCCCCACUGUGGAAUGUACUCGUCGGAGUUUCGUAA